UGUGCGACGUCGGUUUUUUCGUCGUCGCGACUUUUUUUAAAUAAACUGGAGACAUUCGAAAAUACUUUAAGUCUAAUUGAUCAGGAAUUCGUGCAUAAUGUCGGUUGUGAUAUUGAGCUUUUUGUGAAGAAGCGUCUAAGUAGUGGCGUUUUGCUCUUUCCACCUGUGGGCAAUUACCGCCGUUAUUUGAUCCAUCAAACAUGUGAGAAAUACCGCCAGCAAUACGAUUUGUUCACAUUCUCAGUGGGCCAAGGGCCGCAGCGCCGCACCGUCCUGUGCUUUCGCAAUCAGCUCCUUGAUCCCAACGGCUUUGAGGCUCGCAAGCAGCAGCAGCAGAGGGAUAAAGAGAGAGAGCGCCAUCAGCAGACGCGUGAGAGAGGUAGAGAGGCAGCAAAAAGUUGGCGGAGUAACAACAAUUCGCAAGCGAACGGCAGAAGCAGCAGUGCCAGCAGAAGGAACAUAACGGAGCUCUGUAAGAUGGGCGUUAAGAAGCAUAUCAGCGAAACUCCAUUAAGCAAAUCGAACUCGGUGGAUUUAUACAGACCGCCAGCCUUGAGAAACAACAUUAGCAAUAACAACAACAACAGUAGCAGCGAGGAAGCAGCUGCAGCAAACGAAGCAAUAACAACAUCGUCAGCUGCAGGAACAGCAACCACUGCAUCUACAACUCCUACCUCUAAAGGAUCCCCGAACAGAGAGCAACAGGCGGACUUCUCUGCAGCGGCCGCGGCAGCAGCAGCAGCGGCAGCGACCCGUCGCGAACGCCGUCCCGAUCGCGCGGUUUAUGUGCCAAGGGCACGACGCAGUCAAACUACACCACCGACUACCACAACAGCUACAACAGUAACAGCAGCAGCACCAGCGGCAGCAGCAACUAUUACGGCUGCGGAAUCAUCGCCAGUUGCAGAUACAAACUCGAGCAAAGCGGACGACGCCAACGGUCAGCUAUUUUCGAGCAAAACGAAAAAAACAAAAUCGCAUCGUGAGCGCAGAGAACGCGCAAAGAAAUCCACGGCUUUAUCUGCAUCUAUAACCACGGAUAACGCCACUGUACUCGUUAUAGCGGGAACUGAAAACGAUACUCAAUCCAUCGAAGAUAACCGACCGGCCAAGCCAGCGGACUGUGAUAAGGAGUUGAAUUUCCCACAGAUCAUGAGCGGCGCACAGCGUACAAAGCCAGGUCAUGGUAACAAAUCAGCCAGCAAUGGCAAGACUCAGCCAUUACGCAUCGAAGAUGUGGCGUCGGCCAGGACCACCAAUAGCGAGGAGGCGGCCAAAUGUGAUAACGAUGUGCGCGAACUGCAGCGAGCCUCAAAGGAAAUCAAUCGCAGCAAUCGUCGCAUCAUGAAACAAACCUUUAACUCGGAUGUCUUGGAAAUUCCCGAAAAAAUCGAGACGCCGGCACCAAAGGCAAUACAAUCUCCUCGACCAUCAGCAACAUCAAAACCACCUGCAGAAAGCACCACCGAAGACGAUGACGAAGAGGACGAGGACGACUGGGAGAAUAUGUUCGACGAGAGCGGCGACUGUCUGGAUCCAAAGAUUCUUCAGGAACUGAGCGAGUCCGUGGGCAAGUGCAAAAUAGAGCUGCCCAAAAUGGACUACACAGUCUUUCACAUCAAACAACAACUGCUUAACGAAGAGGAGUUUCCUCAUGUUCUGGAGGUGUCAAAUUUCCCAGUGGAGUUUAAAACUCCCGACCUGCUUAUGCUUUUCGCCCAGUACAAAGGUAGUGGCUUCGACAUUAAGUGGGUGGACGAUACCCAUGCCCUGGCUGUGUUCAGCAGUUCCCGCAUUGCUGCUGAGGUGUUGACGAUGGGACAUCCGUUUGUCAAGUUGAAGCCACUUGCGGAGGCCACUCUCGAAUCACGACUGAAGGCGAAGAAGGCCGGUGCCGUGUCGCUGCAACCGUAUCGUCAGCGUCCAGAAACAUGCACGGCCUUGGCCCGACGACUGGUAUCCGGCGCAUUGGGGGUCAAAUUACCCACGGCGCCACAGGAACGGGAGAACGAGAGGCGGGUGCUACGUGAAGCCAAAGAACGUAAACUGUUAGCUGCCAAACAGCGGGACGAAGUCUGGGAGAGCUAGACCACGACCCCGGAAGAAGGCAAGGUGCAUUUUUCUCACCCCAUCAACAAUAAGUGCGUCAACAACCACAACAUGAAGAUCAACAACAACAAACACUACCACUACAACCCAUUGAAGCUCACAACAACAAAUUUCUCAAUCAAUGCUAGCAAAAUAAUGGGUAAUUUGCAUGCUAAGCAAUGUACUUUAAAUGUUCGCUUUUUGUGCAACUAACACAGAUUUUUGCUCAAUUUGUUGUAGUUUUUAGAGGAUGCAUGAUAGUGAUGUAAUGCAUAUUAUAUCAUCUAGGCCGUAAGAGAGAAAUAUCUAUAUUUAUUGGUCGUAGCAAGUAAACAUGCAUAGAUUACAUAUGUACGUGUUGUUUUAACUCCAGGCGUAAACCUUAAUUUUUAAGAGCAAGCAAUUUAUAUAUUGAUAUAUAUAUUUUAAUAAAGUUUAUAGCGUAAGUAAAA